UUACCUGCGGGUGCCGGAUCGGAUCGGAUCGCACUCGGCCAUCUGGGUGUCGGCGGUCAUUGCGGGGAGGAUUAAGCCGGUGACUAGCGGAGUGUGUCAGUCAGUGGUGAGGGGCUACGCGAUGGGCGAGUCAAAGGACAAGGUCGAUUGUGAGCCGACGGUAAAUUAUAUAACCAUGGAAGAAGUGAAAACUCACAACAGCAGCAAGUCCACAUGGCUUGUGAUACACGACAAAGUGUACGAUGUCACUAAAUUUCUGGAGGAGCAUCCUGGUGGUGAGGAGGUGCUCUUUGAACAAGCUGGAGGAGAUGCCACAGAAAGCUUUGAAGAUGUUGGACAUUCAUCUGAUGCCAGAGAGAUGCUAAAGCAAUAUUUUAUCGGAGAACUUGAUUUGGCUGAUCGAAGAAAGGAAAAUUCUAAGGAUGUUUUAAUCACAACAACAUCAAGCCAUUCCAGUUGGUGGACAAACUGGCUGAUUCCUGCCUUUGCAGCUGGCAUUGUAGGACUCAUGUAUCGCUUCUAUCUAACAGAGACCAAAAGUUCAUCCUGAGGCAUUUCCGUCUCUCUUUUUCAUGAAUUGGGGAGGACAAUGUGUCUACAGACUGGUGUUAACAUCCAUGUCUUCAAAGUUUUAUUGAUUGAAUAAUAUACAAUUAUGUAUUUAAUUUCAUUGCUCGCCUAUAAGAUUUUUUUUUCUACUCUAUGCACUAAUUAGUCAAGUAUAUUAUGUCAAUGAUUUACAAGGAGUGUGUAACCAAUUCAACAACAAAAGUUUUUGAUUACUUAAAUUCCUAUUUUCCUAUUUCUGGCUCAUUGUAAUGUCAAGUAUUCAAGACCACAUUUGAAUGAAGAGCACGUUGGAUAUUGAAGAAUUGUUCAUUAUGCUGUGCACAUGCCCAUCAAAGUUGAGCCUUGGACAACAUGACCAUUGUGUACACAACAAGUUUUAAGACUAUUUCUGACUCACAUUGAGGUUCUGGAUGUAGGUUUGCUUGCUGAGCUGGAAGGUUCAUUUCACGAAAACUAAUCUCCCAGCUCAGCGAGCAAACCUACAUCCAUUGUGUACACAGUUGAACUAUUUACGAUAGAAAGUAAAUGGAACUUUCCUUCCCUUGUCUUUCAGAAUUUUUUUUCACUGAACUGUUGAACCGGUUUUUCACUAGUCCAUUCCUUGUGUAAAAAGAUGGUAGCAGCUUGUAGCACUCAAAUAUCGGUGCAACUUUUUCGAAGUUUAAAAAGGAUUCUAUGAAAUACUUGCUGUUAGGUUAUUUAAUCUCAAUGUGAAAUGUAAUAUACAACCAGAAAUAGGUUAACAGCUGUUAUUCUUCUUGGUCCCUUUUCCCCUUUUGAAUAUAACAACUCAUGCUAAAUAUAGUUCCAUGGAUAUUAACUUAGCAAUGUCUCACCAAUUCUUCAUCUGGACCACAAGUAGGCAGUUUUUUUUUUAAAAAAAGAUUUAGGACACAGCUGACUUUAAUCUUAGCUAAGCACAGCGUCUGUAUUGCACGUUUUCAGUGUGACUUUCUGUUUAGUGAUAAGAGUAGGGUUGUGUCUUGGUCCCUUUCUGUAAUUCAACAAUACAGAGUUGUAGUGAUUUGCCAUUAUUGCUAAUGGAAACUGUGUAGAAAUAAUGUAUUGAAAGAUAUACACUGAGCCAUAAAGAUGAUAUUAUAGCUAUCUUGAAUACUGUGGUUUGCUGUACUGUUCGUAAAAUGGAAAGGUUUACCCCAAUUUAUUUUACAAGUUUGUUAUUCUUGGGGAGAAAUUUGAAGCAUGGAAUCUGUAUCUUACCUUCUGUAAAAAUUGGAGUUAGUCCUUCCUUCCUCCUUUCCUUUCCCUUCCCUCAGUUAAACCAAAAUACUUGACUGAAAAUCCUGCACUGCCCAAUUUACUACCAAACCUAUGUGAAUUUCAAUCAAACUAAUUAAUGCAGAUGGUUAUUGUAGUGUGUUUUAGAUUUUUAGUCAUAAGUAACGCUAAUUAAAUUCCUCCUUCUAAUUCAUUGUAGUAUAUACAUUUUGUACCUUUUGGUCUGAUCUGAAUUUAUAAUUCAGACUCAGGACAAUGUAUAACUGAAAAUAUUUGCUUUUGUAAUUUUUCUAGUAGUGUCCCAAAAUAAUUUUUCACAACAUUGGAUUUUUUUUGCAUUAUAGGUACAUGUUUUUGUGUGCUAUUACCAUAAUGCAGUGUCUACUUGAAAGUUUCACUGAAAUUCUUCACGGUGGUCCAUCUAAUGAGCUAAUAAAUAAAAUGUUUUUCUAAAUUUAUCCCAGAUAGGUAAUUCAUGUUUUUUAAAAAUAUAAUAACUGUUGUGGAGAUUAUGCAAACUUUAUUGUACUUAAUGCAAAAAUAUCUAAGAUUUUCAGGCACUUUUAUUGUAUUAUGCACCAUAAUCUGGCAGAUGUGUAGUGUACAUUUUGGGAGUGACUACAUCAAAUGCAUGUUAACUUGACCACAAUAUUUCUUGGAAUAAUUUUAUCAUUGUUACACUGACCUUUGGUUCAAAUAUGAACAACACUGACUUGCAUGUUUGCAUCUAUUUACUGUGUUGUGUAAUAUCUGUGCAAAUAAGCAACUGUUCAAAGUCUAUAUGUAUUUCCUUUUUCUUUCCAAACAGUUGUAAAAAUUAUUGAUAAUCCAGCCACUAA